AUGGUCGAGGAAGAAUGCGCCGCCCCUCGCUCGAAAGCAGUCAAGGUGAAUUGUCUCCAUUGCGCGCUGGAUGAGGCCAUGGCCUCCCAUGGCUCUCAUGCCUCCCAUGGCUCUCAUGCCUCCCAUGCCUCCCAUGUCUCCCAUGCCUCCCAUGCCUCCCCUGUUCUCAACGCCUCCAACGCCUCCACGUCCCACGAGCAGCGCUACCACGAUGCCGUGACGAAAGAGCAAGAAGCGCAGCUGUACGCUGUCCGCACCCUGUCCGGCUUCAAGCGCGAGACGCUGCACGCCGACCUGGCCAGCUCGCCGCUGCUGGCCUACCUCGACGUCGACCAGCGGCCCUCGUUUGCCCUCCACGCCGGCUCCACCCCGCGCCCAAACGGCGGCCUCGAGCUCGUGUACACCAACCCGGCGCUGAGGGCCGCACAAGGCCUGCUGGCCCGCGUCGCCGGCCAGCAGAGCGAACAGGACCUGUUUGUGCACAGCGCUGCCCUGCACAGCGCCUUCCGGAACUGGCUGCUGGGUGUUGCCGACGAGCUGGAUGGGAGCAGGCGGGGCAACGCCUACGUCUUCGAGCGCCAUCUGUGGACUGCUGUCCACAUCGAACACUACACCAUUGUCAGCGGCGUGCCCGCCCACAUGCUCUGCUCCGACCCCAGCGAUGCGAAAACGCGCCCCAGCCUGAGCUCGAGCGCGAGUCCAACCUCAAAGGAGACAAGUGCCCCUCGACAACUACCCCUCCGCCUUUGCCUCCCCGCCCACGCUCCCGUGUGCGAGAACCCACUGGUCGACUCGCACCUGAGCGACGGUCCGCCCGGCGAGCUGGCCUCGGUCCGCCAGCAGCAUGGACCCUUUGACUACACGCGUCAGUCACCAGUGGGAACCCUGUCCGAACACAUCGUCUACUUCCGUGAGACGGACUGGUCACAAACGCCCCUGGGAGACAUGGCCUCGUGGUCGCCAGAGCUGCGCUGUGUCAUCAACACGAUGCUCAACGACACCCACCCUGCCGUACUGUUAUGGGGGGACGAGGCCAUCAUGAUGUACAACGAGGCCUACAUCCAGCUGCUCGGACGCCUCCACCCCUGCAUGGGCAAGAGCGCUCGCACACACGCAAGCAACUACUGGCCCACCUUCAUGCCCCUGAUCGAACGCAUCAACGCAACGGGCACCUCCUUGCCCGAGCACGACGUGCCCUUUUUCAUCGACAGACACGGCUUCCUGGAAGAAACCUACUGGUCCUUCCAGUUCGUACCCGUUCUAGACAGCGGCGGCCACAUCACCAGCUACUACCACCACCUCUUCGAGACCACCAAACACCACCUGCUUGAGCGUCGCGUGUCCAGUCUCGUCGAGCUGGGCAGCCAGACGGCCAACGCUCGAACCUUUUCGUCUUUCUGGGAAAUCGCCUUGCAGACCCUCGCGCUCAGCACAAACGACGUUCCCUUUGCACUUCUGUAUUCGACCGAGUACCAGUGCAGCUCAGACAUCAGCUCCCUCUCCUCGCCAGGCAUCAGCGCACCCACACCCUUGGGCAACUGUGUCUUCAAAGGCGCCAUAGGUGUCGAGAGCGGUCAUCCUUUCGCCCCACCCAUAAUCGACAUUCAAGACAACGCCUACGUGUUCCAAUCGUACCUCAUCGAAGCCGCCAGGCUCGGCAAAGCGACCAUCGUCCACCUGGCCGACCUGAAUCUCCCCGAGUCGGUACUUGCCAACGUCGACUGGCAGGGCUAUGGAGAUCCCUGCCGUGUCGUAGUCAUCUGUCCCAUCAUGCCCACUACUGGCGACAAUGCGCAAGUCGAAGGUUUUCUGAUUCUUGGAGUCAACCCACGCCGGCCGUUCGACCAAGACUACCAGAAAUUCGUGCACGUCGCCCUGAGAUUGCUGGCUACCGGUUUGGCCAGCGUAGCCUUGUUCGAUGCCGAGGUCAGGCAGAAAGAAAGGGCAAUCGAGAAUGCAGCUGCGUUGCAGAAACAGCUGCUCGACGAGAUCCAGGCGAAAGAGAAGAAGUUUCAGAGCUUUGCUGAGAGAAGUGACAUUGCCAUCUUCAUCAUGGAUGCAGUGGGCAAGUAUGUGUACAGGAACAGACGAUGGUACGACAUGUUCGAGAUCGCUGCUGACGUCGACGAUGCCAUGCAAGCAUGGUUGUCGAUUGUUUUUCCCGAGGACGUUCCUAAAUGCGAGGGUGUAUUCGGCAAACUGGUCAUGGAGAAAGUGCCGGUCAUCUUUGAACUCAAGACUAAGAUGCUAUGGUCGCCGCCGCCCGAGCUCCAGCAACCAGAGUGCGGCGCUUCACAACACCAUAGAUGGAUACUGUGCUCUGCCUAUCCAGAGCUGGGGCCAGACGAUGAAUUGUUAGAGAUUGUGGGGAGCGUGACCGAUAUCUCGAAGCAGAAGUGGGCAGAAGAACUUCAGCAAAUGCGCACUGAUAGUGCCCUGGAAAGCAAGCAGCACCUGGAACACUUCAUCGACACCACUUCGCACGAGAUGCGCAACCCCUUAUCUGCCAUUAUGCAAUGCGCCGAUGGUAUUCUCUCAUCCUACUCCUUUGGUGAUGGCAACCCGCCAAGCCCAACGACGUAUUUCCAUCUGCUCGAACAGACGCUAGACUCAGCACAGACAAUAGCGCAGUGUGCGCAGCACAUGCGGCACAUCGUCGAUGACAUACUGACAAUCUCCAAGCUUGACUCCGGCUUACUCGUCAUCACACCCGUUGAUGCUCAGCCUGAGAGUGUAGUGAAGCACGUAGUCAAAAUGUUCGAUUCCGAGGCCAAGGCCGCUGGCGUCGGACUUUCUUUCGUCAUAGAACAAUCGUAUCGAGACCUGGGGGUGAGCUGGGUCUCCCUGGACCCGACGCGAGUUUUGCAGAUUCUCAUCAAUCUACUCACCAACGCGAUCAAGUUCACACGUCUAGAAGAUAAAACACGUCGCAUCACAAUCACCCUUGCAGCGAGCGUCGAAGAGCCCGUCUCUACACCGGGUGGUAUUCAGUACGUUGAGGGCAAACUCAUUGGUGACGAUCGCCAUCUGGAACACGACUGGAAGCAGGGCCACACCCAGUUCGUUCAUUUCUCAGUCAGCGACACAGGUCGGGGCCUGACACAAGAGCAAACAACAUCGCUAUUCACACGUUUCUCCCAGGCCUCGCCCCGCACACAUGUACACUACGGUGGCAGCGGACUUGGGCUGUUCAUCUCACGCCAGUUGACUGAGCUCCAGGGAGGCUCUAUAGGCCUUUUCAGUGAGUACAGGAAAGGGAGCACGUUUUCUUUUUACAUCAAGGCCCGGCGUGUAAUGCCUACCAUGCUGCGCAAGGGCAGUUUGCCAGACAUCUUCCCUGAAGACAUACGCCACCGGAGUAAAAAACCAUCUCUCCAUCUCCCUCGAGAUUCAGUACCACCAAUCGUCUCCGAGAUUGUACACGAAGACAGCGAACCUUUGCCCCACCAUCACACAAGUCCCGGUAUCGAUGCUACUCCCACACCUGCUCCACCACCGACAUUCGAGUCACCCUCGUCCAUACCACGUCCCGCUACAGCGCCAGUCACUGCGUCCACCACAGAGGCACUUGGUCUCCCACCCCCUCUCGAUUUUGCCGAGCUAAAACGUGCAAAGAGCAUCCCCGAAACGCUGCACGUUUUAGUCGUAGAAGACAAUCUUGUAAAUCAAAAAGUGUUGGCCAAGCAACUGCGGAACCUGGGAUGUAUUGUCAGUGUCGCAAACCAUGGUAGGGAGGGCUUGGAUUUUCUGCCCAAGACCACACGGUGGAACCACGAGGCCUACAACGCACGCUCUCAAUCACGGCGCCCCAGCAUUCACGUCCCCGCGCCCGACGCGACUGCGGAGACGCUGCUAUCUGUGCCUGAUGCUGCAGAUGACCCGAUCGAAUUGAGCCUCAUAUUGAUGGAUUGGGAGAUGCCUAUCAUGAAUGGACUCGAUGCAGUCGCAAGGAUCAGGGAGCUGGAGAGAGAUGGCUUGCUGUUGGGCAGAGUCCCCGUCAUUGGCGUGACGGCGAACGUCAGGCCGCAGCAAAUCGAAACGGCGAUUCAAGCAGGCAUGGACGAUGUUGUGAGUAAGCCGUUCAGAGUUGCCGAGUUGUUGGCCAGGAUGAGAGGGAUCGUGAAAGGUGUUGGGGAGAUAUGA